UUUGACCAGGAAUUCAACGGCAAUAUCUAUGAACCCUGGAGAUUCGAAUACGUCGCCUACGACUCUAUUAAUUCCCAUAUCCAAAGACGGGCAGCAAGUGGAUGGUCAAACCAAGACGAGGCCGAGUUUGAAUCUACUCUUCGGUUAGAAGCAGACAAAAUCGAUCUAUUCAUCACACGCAAACAACGAGAGAUCGACUCUCGUAUUGCCUACUGCGAACGCAUCCUUGUCCAACAACGUCCUUUACUCGCACAAUCAACAACAAAUGGACUCUUUGACUCCAUGGACGACGCACUCACAGAGAUCCUUCUCGAACUCAACGAUCUAGGAAAAUUCGCUCGCUACAACUUCCUCGCCUUUAAACACCUCAUCGACACACAUACAAAACUCACACACAUCGACAGACAGCAACUCCUAGUCGAAAUCUCCCGCAAAAAAGCCCUCGACAGACAGCGUUUCGAUGUAGUCCUUGUCAAGGUCUCGACCCUCCACGAUAUGUGUCGACAGAACGGCCAGGAGCGCACAGGAAAUGCUGCUGCUGGAGGAGAUCAGAACGCAUUUGAAAGAGCAACAGCAAAGUACUGGGUUCAUCCCGACAAUGUUACCGAACUAAAAGCCAUCCUUCUUUUUCAUUUACCGGUACUUGUGUUCGAUUCUACAAAGCCGUUUGAAGCCUCAGACAGUGCCAUAUCCAGCGUUUAUUACGACAACCCAGAAUUUGAUCUGUAUUCAGGCCGACUUCAGCGUGACGAGAGUGCAGAGGCCAUUCGCUUCAGAUGGUAUGGACCCAUGUCUAGCAAGUCUAUAUUCAUUGAGCGCAAGACCCACCACGCCCCCUGGUUAGACGGUGCAUCGGUCAAGGAUCGCUUCCGUCUUAGCGAAAACAAAGUCAACGACUAUGUCUCCGGCCGCUACACUGCUGAGCAGUACGCAGCUGAGCAGCGUGCCAAGGGUGCGUCUGAAGAUUCCGUUCAACAAAAUUACUUUAUUGCAUCUGGUGUCCAAAAAUCGUUUGCAGAAAAGAAGCUCGAUCCUGUCAUGCGUGUGUUUUACAACCGCACUGCCUUCCAGAUCCCUGGUGACCAACGCUUACGCAUAUCUCUCGACACUGACCUGACCUUUAUCCGUGAAGACGACAUCAAGCGUAGAAAUGGAAACUGGCGCCGAAUGGAUGUUGGCAUCGACCACCCGUUUGACUAUCUACCUGGAGACCAAGUCUACCGAUUCCCUUAUGCUGUGCUGGAGACCAAGUUGCAGACCCAUUUGGGCCAAGAGCCUCCAGAGUGGCUGACCCGUCUUCUGGACUCCAAACUUGUGUAUGAAGUCCCACGCUUUUCAAAGUUCUUGGAAGGUUGUGCCCACUUUUGGAACUCUCGCCUACCCCUGCUGCCGUGGUGGUUGGACCAGCUCACAUUGGAUAUCCGAAAUGCUAAGCAACCAAAGGGAGACUUUACUGGCCUGUCACGCUCCAAGAUGUCGACAUUCGAUGGAAGUUUCGAUACAGCCUCCGUGGAUCCUUAUUAUGGAAAGAACACACCAAGAUCGUCUUAUGCUGCCACCCCUGCUGAGAGUAUGAUGAACGAUAGCCGGGCUCGGCUUACAGGCGGCAUGGAUUACACUAUUGAAGAAGCGAUGGACGAGGAAGAGAGAAAGGCUAGGAAGGCUGCCAAGAAGGCUGCCAAGAAGGAGAAGAAAGAAAGAAAGGCUGCAGAAGAAGAGGAGGACGAGCUGAAUGGAUUUGGAGGCAUGGAGAAGGACGAGAAGAAGAAGGCCAAGCGAGAUUUAGAGUUGGCCACUCGAUUGGAACCAAAGGUGUUCUUUGCAAACGAGCGUACAUUCAUUAGCUGGCUCCAGUUUGCUGCCAUCCUGUUGACUGCUGCAUUAACCUUGAUCAACUUUGGAGAUAACAUCAGUGUUACUUCUGGUGCAGUGUUUUUUGGUAUCUCGUUUGUUAUUGCUUUCUAUGCUUUUGGACGCUACAGAUACCGUGCCUUCCAGAUCACAACAAGACCUCAUCUGCGUUACGAUGAUCUGUACGGCCCCAUUGGUCUCACAAUCCUGUUGACUGGUGCAUUAUUG